GCGCAUUCAGUGUAGGCAGAAGCAGGGACUGACAGUUGGGGGAACUUUGUUUCUAUGAAACUUAGGAAAAAUUGCAAAAUAUCACAAAAAUUAACAAUAUCCCUCGUAAAUCAUUAACCUGCCCAUAGGGUUGAAGGUUUUCUUUUGACUUUACAUAGACAGGGCUUUGAUACAGACUACUCUGACACUUUUUUGAAAGAAUGGGUGAGACAGACAGUUAGCCAGCCAGCUAGCUAGCUAGCUGAGGGGCUGAGAGAGGCGGCAGGAGAACAAAAGAUUUUUUUGCGUUUUGGCUGGUCGCACUGACACUAAGUCCAUGCAGAACGUGUCAUCACCAUCACAAUGCCCGUUUUACUUUUUCUGAUAGACACGUCCGCUUCAAUGAACCAGCGCACCCAUCUGGGCACUACCUAUCUGGACAUAGCGAAAGGCGCUGUUGAGACUUUUAUGAAGCUCAGAGGGAGAGAUCCGGCGAGUCGAGGGGACCGGUAUAUGUUGGUAAAUUUUGAGGACGUUCCACUCGGAAUAAAGGCUGGAUGGAAAGAGAGCCAUGCAACAUUCAUGACAGAAUUGAGGAACCUUCAAGCAACUGGACUUACAACUAUUGGCCAGUCUUUGAGGACCGCUUUUGAUUUGCUCAAUCUCAAUAGAUUAGUGACUGGCAUAGACAACUAUGGACAGGGACGGAAUCCAUUCUUCCUCGAGCCAUCGAUCAUCAUCGCUAUCACCGACGGCAACAAGCUGACAAGCGGCAGCGGCGUCCAAGACGAGCUGCACCUGCCCCUCACCACCCCCCUGCCGGGCAGCGAGCUGACCAAGGAGCCCUUCCGGUGGGACCAGAGGCUGUUCUCCCUGGUGCUGCGCAUCCCGGGACACGCCUCGGUGGAGCCCGAGCCCCUGGGCGGAGUCCCGCCCGACGACUCGGCCAUCACCCCCAUGUGUGAGGUCACAGGAGGGCGUUCCUACAGCGUCUUCUCCCAGCGCAUGCUGAACCAGUGUUUGGAGUCCCUGGUGCAGAAGAUCCAGAGCGGCGUGGUGAUCAACUUUGAGAAGUCGGGCCCCGACCCGCCCCCCAUCGAGGACGCCCCUCCUGAAGUGAAGUCGGGCCCCCAGCCGUGGCAUUGCUGUCACAAGCUCAUCUACGUACGCCCCAACCCCAAGACCGGUGUGCCCAUAGGACACUGGCCCAUCCCAGAGGCCUUCUGGCCCGACCAGAACUCCCCCACUCUGCCUCCUCGCUCGGCGCACCCCCACGUGCACUUCUCCUGCCUGGACGCCGAGCCCAUGGUCAUAGACAAGGUGCCCUUUGACAAGUACGAGCUGGAGCCGUCGCCGCUCACCCAGUACAUCCUGGAGAGGAAGUCCCCCCACACCUGCUGGCAGGUGUUUGUGUGUAACAGUGCCAAAUACAGUGACCUGGGCCAGCCCUUUGGUUACCUGAAGGCCAGUACGGCCCUCAACUGUGUCAACCUUUUUGUGAUGCCCUAUAACUACCCCGUGCUGCUGCCCCUGCUAGAUGAUUUGAUCAAAGUGCACAAGUUCAAACCUACCAUCAAAUGGCGGCAGUCCUUUGAAAACUACCUAAAGUCUAUGCCUCCGUAUUACAUUGGGCCUCUGAAGAAGGCACUGAGGAUCAUGGGAGCUCCCAACCUGCUGGCCGACAACGAGUACGGCCUCAGCUACAGCGUGGUGUCCUACCUCAAGAAGCUGAGCCAACAGUCUAAGAUCGAGUACGACCGGCUCAUAGCCUCCAUCGGGAAGAAGCCCCCGCCGGAGCCCGGCAUCAAGGUGCGCUGGCGGGGCGGGGGGGCCAUCUCCCUGGCCCAGCGCCGGGACUUCAACCAGCUGCUGCAGAGCAUCACCGGGGAGUCGGCCUCCCUACCCCAGGAGCUCAGCUCCAAGGAGUUCCAGGGCUUCCACCUGGCGCUGCUCAACAAGACCCUGAAGCCGCAGAGCUUGAGGAACCCCUACGACAUCCCCCGCAGCCAGCUGCUGGACCAGCUCAGCCGCAUGAGGAGGAACCUGCUCCACGCCGGCGUCUGCUCGCUGCGGGGACAGGACCCAGACCAGCUCCACAGCGUGCCGAUCGCCCAGAUGGGGAACUACCAGGACUUCCUGAAGGCGGCGCCGCAGCCACUCCGAGACCCCGACCCAGAGCAGCCCAAGAGGCUGCACACGUUCGGCAACCCCUUCAAACUGGACAAGAAGGGCAUGAUGAUCGACGAGGCGGAUGAGUUUGUGACGGGCCCCCAGAACAAGGGAAAGAGGCCCCAGGGCGAGAGCAGCCCCAUGCAGGGCGGCGGCCCCAAGAGACGGCGCUGCAUGUCCCCUCUGCUGCGCCUGGGCAGGGCCUACACUCCCCCGGUCACCCCUCCGGCUAGCCCCAGACCGACGGCCGACGGGGAGAGCAGCGACGGCGAGCCGGACUUCAUCAUCAACCACCUGAACGAGAACCACUACACCCCGGAGAGGAGCUCGGACCAGGACCAGGACCCGGACUCCCCCGGCCCCGCGCCCACGCCCCUGGACCCCCUAGAGAACCACGCGGCGGCCGCGCCGUCCCGGCCUCCGGCCGCCCUAGGAGCCGAGGAAGAGGAGCAGGAGGAUGACGUCGAGGCCGUGGACGACGACGACGACGACGACAAUGUGCUGAUGAUGGAGCUGGAGGAGGACGUGGAGAACGGCGGCGGCGCCCGGGACGAGGAGUACCCGUCCGGGGGCGGGGGCGCGGGGGACAGCGGCGGGCUCUCGCCGGAGCUUCGUCCGCAGCGCUACCUGUCGCCGUCGGCCCUCAAGAGGCAGAUCCUCAACGACUGCAUCGAGGUCAACAACCAGCUGAGGGCCCUUAUCACCAAGGAGAUCAGGAAGCCGGGCAGACACUACGACAAGAUCUUCCACUUCUUGAAGCAGAUCCAGGGAACUCUGGACACGCGGCUCAUCUUCAUACAGAACAUCAUCAAAGAGGCAGCCAGGUUCAAGAAGAGGGUUCUCAUCGAGCAGCUGGAGAACUUUCUAGAAGAGAUCCACAACAGAGCCAAUAACAUGAACCACAUGGAAGCGCUCUGAGUCCCCCUGGUGCUCAACAGGACCCUCUCCAACAACCCUGUCGUCCUCCCCUUUCCACGACAACCAUCAGAGACGGGCCGAACAAAAACACCCUCCAAACUCCGCCAGAAUCCAGCUCAGUCGCCUGCUCCAGUAGAGCCUCCUUCUUUGUCAUGUUGACAUCGGGCGGGGGGGUCUUUUACGGGAACCAAAACGAGGGAAAUGGACCAGCAGGGAGCUUUGGGCUUGGCUGACGGCGGUUAUUUUGCGCAGGGUUAAUAACGAUAGCACUUGGGAUAUGGGGCUGGCCCACUCAAUCGAAUUGCCCGGCCUGUUUGUAAAGAUCAUGUCCACAUUCCAUGUUCCCUGUGUAAGCCGCAAAGGAAACGUUUGCCGUUUUGGGUUAAAGUUGGGAUCCAAAACACGAGAAGGGACUAAAAAGGGUGGAUAGAAAUGAUUUUUUUUUUGGGGGGGGGGGGCCAGUUAAGUUGUCUUGGGGGUGUACCCCUUCAAUCUCCGCUGGCCCCUCCCGCUCCAUCUGUUUAGCGAGGGCUCUAAACGACAGUCUUAAUGCACUUGUUGGUGAACCCAUUCUCAGUGGCGUAACCGUUACUGUUGACCUUUGUUUGUCACUAUUACCACUCCUGUAAUGGCAAAAAGAAAAGCACUCCAUUGAGCGAAACGAGCACCGCUAAGUGCAAUUUAAUUAUUUCGACGUGUGGGCUUCCUACCUUGAAUGACUUGGAAAGAAAAGCAUAUAAAGGUUACAUCUGAAUUGGUUAUUUACUCCCCCCCCCCCCCCCCCCCCCCAGAGCAAUAUUGUGAUGACCUUGGCAGUUCUAUGCUUUUUUUUUUUAUCUUUUCUUUUUUUAAAGCAAUACAUGAAUUUAUUUAGUCUGGUCACCAGAGAGCCAAGCCUUUAGAAACAUGCACACUAUUGGAGGAGGAAAAAGCGUUAAUGUACAGGGACUAAGCUCAGGAACGGACACUAAUGCAUUGCAGUUGGCAAUGUCCUCAGCAUUAGUUGACAAACAUAUAUUAUUUUUUUUACUUUAUUGUGAUCUUUCAACGGUUAAAGUGCAAUGGCUCCAGUUGUGGGGGGGAGGCGUGGAGGGACAACCUGUCCUUGCCGGUAGCUGCCAAAUAAUUAAUUUCUAUCCGCUACUUUGCCUCAAAUCCCAAUCAAAUUUCUUUGGCUCCUACUGAUCGAGUAACUUGCUUUAGCGACAUCUUUGUGGUUAUGUUAGGAAGGAGGGGGUUAUUUUAGCAUCGACAUGACCUUUUUAAACGGUUGAGCUCAUUGGUCUUCACUGACGACUCCGUGGCCCAGCCCCUACCGUCAGAGCGGGAGUGGGGGGUGGAUCCAUGGUCUGAGAGGAGACUGCUCUCUUCCCCUUCCUUCUUCCAUGGACAGGGACCAAAAUCUGCCAUACUUGUCUUUUUUUGUUGUUUGUGAAUGAGGACGCUACCAAAUGAAAGUAUUUUGAAUACACUGUAUAGCUGUAAAUAACCCUAGAGUACUAUUUAAAAAAAGAGAAUGUUCAGUGGAAAUGGCCUUUUUUUUGUAAGUAUUUCCAUGAAUAAAGUUUCUAUUUUACACUGUGAAGGGCCAUGUAAAUAAAGUGUCACAUUGUUCUGUAA